AUGCUGCGUGUAGCGUCCUCGCUGGCCGAAGUCAGAGGCUUGUCGCCCAAGGUGAUAUAUCUAAUAGAUAUGCCAGUAUCUUAUUUACAAUCUGCUAUCUCAGUCGCGCGUAGAACGUUUGCUUCGUCGUCAGCGAGAAGGCAGGACAUCACACUAACUGUCGAUGGGAAAGAGGUCACGGUUCCCCAGGGCUCGGCAUUGAUACAAGCGUGUGAGGCAGCAGGCUCGAACGUUCCACGCUUCUGCUACCAUGAUCGUCUGGCGAUCGCUGGUAAUUGCCGCAUGUGUCUAGUCGAAGUAGAAAGAUCCCCCAAGCCUGUAGCGUCAUGUGCCAUGCCCGCUAUGCCUGGACAAAAAGUCUUCACGAAUACGCCCGCUGUCCACGAAGCCCGAGAGGGUGUCAUGGAAUUUCUCCUUGCUAACCACCCACUCGACUGCCCGAUCUGUGAUCAAGGUGGUGAAUGUGACCUCCAGGACCAGUCUAUGCGCUACGGUUCUGAUCGCGCCCGUUCCAUGAAAUCGCUGAUCGGAAUGUAUGUUGAGAAGGUUUUGAACUCGGAGCUUAGCGGAAAUAUCGUCGACCUUUGUCCCGUCGGUGCACUCACGAGCAAGCCGUACGCGUUCCAUGCACGCCCGUGGGAACUCAAGAACACCGAGUCAGUCGACGUGCUCGAUGCAGUCAUGCGCAUCCAACCCCGAACCAAUGACGACGUCAAUGAGUGGAUUUCCGACAAGACCCGAUACGCAUAUGACGGUCUUCGAACCCAACGACUCACAACACCCCUCAUUCGCCAAGGGGACCGUUUCGUCAGUGCAAGCUGGGAAGAAGCACUACAUACGAUUGCCGACGGAUUGAAGACUAGUGGCGCGCAAGCAGACGAGAUCCAGGCUGUAGCAGGUGCAUUGGCUGACACCGAAGCCCUCGUCGCGCUCAAGGACUUGGUCAACCGACUCGGGUCCGAUAAUCUCGUCACUGAUGCGACAUCUACUGGUGUACCAAGCCAUAGUAUAGAUGUUCGCUCUAAUUACCUGUUCAAUUCGACGAUACAGGGACUGAGCGAGGCGGAUGCGAUUCUGCUCCGCUGGCUGCAUGCUCAGGUCGAGGUUGGUUUGAUCGGUGAGGAGGCGGACUUAAGCUAUAGCCAUGAGUGGCUCGGUAAAGACUCUGCCGCUCUAGAAAAUUUCCUUGGUGGCAAGGCAGACAGCGAAUUUGCUAAGGUUUGGGCAAAUGCUAAAAAGCCUCUCAUCGUGGUUGGCAGUGCCGUCGCCGAGUCUCCCGCAGGAAGCCAGGUCUUGGCCACUAUCGCCCGCUAUGCGUCCAGUGAUAAGCAAAAGACGCGUUUCCUCAGCGAAGAAUGGAAUGGUCUUAACGUCCUUCAGCGGGCGGCUUCUCGCGCUGCGGCUUAUGAUGUUGGAUACGCCGCAGCUUCCUCAUCUGGAACCACACCUAAAUUCAUCUACCUACUCAACGCAGACGACGUUUCUCCUUCCUCUAUCCCACAGAUAGGGCGUGCAGCUGUUCCCCCACCAGGCGCUUCCCGCGAGGAUUGGAAGAUUAUCAGGGCCUUGUCUGAGGUUGUUCAAGCACCGCUACCGUAUGACGAUGUGUUGGCCUUGCGCGAUAGGAUGUGGGAUAUCUCACCAACGUUGGUGAGAUAUGAUGUAGCCGAGAAGACAUCGACGGGCGUUGCACAGAACAAGGUCCCAACAAUUACCAAGAUCGAUCCGUUUACGCCAUCCCUCUUUCCAACCCAAAUUACUCCUGAAAGUGGCCACGCCAUAUUCUGGAAAGGAGAGGAGUCAGAAGCGGUUAAUGGUCGGGAACAAAAUGUCGUAACUGGGGGAAUACUGGGCGGAGGCUCGAGCGGUAUAGGAGAAGCCAUUCAAUUAUCUGACCUCGGUAUCCAGGUUGUAGGGGAUCUCACCGGAGUGGGCAAGAAUUAUGAAGAUCAUCCCCUAUGCCUCUGGGCAUACCAUGUGUCCGAAGAUGUGGAAACCUGUGAUCCUCUGAUGGAACAACAGCCUGAAGUUAUGGAAAGAUACCAAGCCGAAUUCCAGCGCGGGAAGGGAAUGUUUACUACCUCUCUCAAGGGGUCAAUUCAUAUUACCGGCACCGAUCCUUACUUGCUACCCAAAUUCCGUACAGGAUUACUAGAAGAGCAGGCAGAUGUAGAGAUUCAAAAAUGGGCAUAUAAGAAGGCACGAGAAUGCGCCCGUCGCAUGCGUAGCUAUAGAGGAGAGUAUGCGCCGUUACAUCCUAAAUUUCCUAAAGACAGCGCUGCUGCCUGCAUUCGUUUAGAUGGGCCCCCUCCUUUGGUAGAGGAAGAUUUAAUCUACACACCUGAGGAUGAUGCAGCGAUAGAAUCAUUCGUUCGACAGAUGUCACAGUCUACUUUUCAUUCAGGGGGUGCGUUGACCCCGGUUGAACGUGUAUGGAACAACAAACUUGAGGUUGCAGACCUCUCUAUUCUUCCGAGCAACGUUGGGUCUCCGACAUACUCGAUUGCUCUCAUGAUAGGAGAAAAGGCGCUGUUCUAA